AAAAGAUCAUAUUCAUAAAAUUUUCUUUCGCAAAUCUUCAAAGCUUCAGCAUGAAUAAUCGCAAUAUCAAAACGGAACCAACUGAAAAUCCUCAAAAUUCACAUUGCCAAAAUCCAAGACAACCUCAGCAAACUCCUCGUAAUCAAAAUUGCAGUCAGGAACAGAAUCAGAACCGUCAAGAAGCAAAUCCAACGUCGAACAACCAAAGAUCACGUGAAAGAUCUCAAACUCGAGCACCAAGAGACAGAAGUCAACCAAGAAACGUUCCUAAUUCUCCGAUUAAUGCAAAUGGUGCACAGUUUAUGGAAUUUAUCCAGUCAUUCCGUCGAGGAAUGGUCGUUGGAAACUUUGAAGUCUCUGGAACUUUCUGCAUGUAUGAUGACUCGUCCUCAGAUGAAGAUGAAGUCGCUCCAUAAAAAAAUUCUCGAAUAAAAUCAACAAUUUAUAAAGCCUCAAUAUUUACAUA